AUGUUCUAUCCAUAUGCUUAUCCAUGUCGUUGUCCCUAUCCUCAUCUCGUUUCGUCCAACCCGUACGAGAUUCUCUCAUUCUAUUCCGAGCCACCGGAUGCAUCUCAGGAUCAGCUAUAUAAUUUUCCACCUGAUGCAUUAGCUAUGAGGAUGAGAUUCAAAGAGCAUUUUCCAGAUCCGGCAACCUAUAGUCCCUAUUACGGUGCUUAUGGGGCUCAGCAAACCGGUGGUGCUUACUCAGCAAGGGGAUACUCUCAGCAACAGCAGCAGGCGAGUCCUAUGCAGUAUCGACGAUCAAGGACUGCACCACCGAGGACAACUCCAAAAAGCACUAACUACCAAACGACAUAUACGAGACGUGGCAGGGGCUAUUCGCUCGAUCCUUACUACUUCAAUCAGAGAUAUUAUAGAUCAUAUUCGGGUCCAACGAAAGAUGCAAAAAAUAUGCCAAUGUACCGGAAAAGACGCGAUCCAAACGCUCGAAUACAAACUUAUGAAGAAACUGAAUUCGGUGGUUCACCUACAGACGUUCAAACACUAUCCUAUCCAGAUGCAUAUUCGGCGCCAACAAUGCGACGAAUACGACCGUUCUAUGCGCCAAGCUAUACCACAUAUCCGCCGAGUACGAUGAAUCCAACGGUGAAGGUGACCACGCAAGACGAAACAACCGAUAAAGUCUAUCCAUUUGGAUUGAGAUUACUGCUGAAAGUUGCAGAAUUGAUUAUUGGUGCGGCGAUUCUAGGUUUAGUUUUGGGCCCAAUGCAUGAUCACUCGUUUUAUGAGUUCGUCACAAGUACAAAAACCGAGUGGCAAGGUCUGGUGGUCGGUAUCGUGUCGUCUUUUUCGAUACUCGCACUAGUUAUGCUUGCGACCGCAUUCUUCGCACACAAAAACAUUUGUUGGCAAAGAGUGGUGUUGCUAUUCAUCAACUUUGUUAUCUAUAUCGUCGAUUGUGCCUUCUCGUUUCGAACUGGUAUCAGUAUGUUAUAG